CAAAUAUAUCUGAUUUUAUUUAUAUUAUUCUUCAUAAAUUCAAGGGAUUACCAAACAUCCGAGGUAUAUAAAAGGCGGCAGCAUCAUCAAAAAUUGCAUCACUGUGAAACAAUGAUGAGUACUCGAACGUUGGGAUUUAUUUUAAUGCAAAUAAUCAUUGACAUUACGUUUAGUUUUGCUCUAGAGAAUGGAAAUAUUUCGGAAACAAAUUUAACGUCAUUCGAUCCAAAUCUUUAUCCACCGGUUGAGGGCGACUUGAGAUUUGGAGGUUCUUCGGGUCUAUUUUUUCUACAUUUGCUGAAACAUAAACUUUAUAAGUUACAACAAUUGGAUAGGAUUCAAACAACUACCACCGGUCCACCGGGUUGUAUUUGUGUUCCCUACUAUCAGUGCGAUAUUAAUAAUAAUAUUAUUCUGACGGGAAUGUUGGGACCUCUUGAUGUUCGAUCUCGUCAGUGCACCGGUAACUUUGAAGUCUGUUGUUACUUGAGAGUUGUGCCGACUACUCCCAGGCCAACGAUGCCUCCUCCGAUGACCACUCGACCAACAAUGCCUCCUCCGAUGACCACUCGACCAACAAUGCCAACUCCGAUGACCACUCGACCAACUCCGAUGACUACUCGACCAACUCCGAUGACUACUCGACCUACAAUGCCCCCUCCGAUAACCAUUCGACCAACAAUUCCUCCAAUAACCCUAACAAUGCGCCCAACCGUUCCACCAACAUAUUUCCCCCCCAACUACUGCCUCUGCGUUUACACAUUUCAAUGCGUGAACGGCUACAUUGUCGGAAAUCCAAUCACCAACUAUCCCGGAUCAAAUCCCUUCAAUCCCAGACAAAAUCAAGUCUGCAUUUUGCCCAAUCAAAUCUGCUGUCGAGUAUUUCCUUUCCCGAAUAUUCCCGCCGGUACCACACGUUCUCCAAUCCUAACUAUUCGUUUACCUUCAAUUGAUCCUCGACUUCCGGCUUUAACACCAACUCUACCCACUUGGCCCCAAGUUGCUCCAAAUCAAGUUUUACCUCAAAUUGUCCAAAAUCCACUUUCGCCUCUAGUUGCUCAAAAUCCAUUUGUCCAAAAUCAAUUUUCUGCUCAAGUUUUCCAAAGUCAAAGUUCCCCUCAACUUCUUCAAAGUCAAAUCGCUCCUCAAGUUCUCCAAAGUCAAAUCGCCCCUCAAAUUCAAGGAUAUCCGAAUUUCAUGGCUGGACAAACGUGCAUUUGCAUACCGACCGUUCAGUGUAAUGUUCUCGGAUAUAUUUCAUUCAGCGGCUCGGGGAGUUACAAUCCCCUUGUUGGUAUGGGCACACUGCUUCCGCUCGGAAGUUUCUGCGCGAAUCUUCAGGAGACGUGUUGCAGAGUUAUUUUCACGCAAUCGCCGCCACAAUUGUUGUCAGCUGAUACGGAGAUUAAUAAUCAGGAUGUUCAUUAUUCGGGAACGCAGGACGAAUGUAAAUGUAUGAAGAUGACAAUUUGUUCCGGAGAUAAUGUCGUCUAUCCAGAAGGAUACGAGGGAAUUGACGCUGGUUUUGCGUUGUGUAAAAAUGAAGGCGACGUUUGCUGUCGAGUCAAUGGUUUUCAAAAUAUUCAGAGGACCACUACUGUCACUGCUGUUGCUCAUUCUGAAUUGGGGAGCAGUAUAUUUUUUGAUAAUCAAUGUGGAUUUUCGAGUAAUAUUUUCGUUACAGAGCAAACUGCUUCAUCAAAUCCAGAGAGAACGUAUUUUGCAGAAUUCCCAUGGAUGGUGGCUAUUUUACUUCGAUAUUUCGGACAAAGUGAUUCCUUUCUUUGUGGAGGUUCAAUGAUUAACUCGAAAAUUGUUCUCACCGCUGGACACUGCAUGCAAAAUCGCAGUAUUAGCAAUUUAGUGGCUCGCUUCGGAGAAUGGGACACAAAGACGAUUGAUGAGCCAUUGCCUUUUCAAGAGGUUGAAAUAGAGACUGUGAUUAUACAUCCACAUUUUUUCAACGCAGCAUUAUAUCAUGAUGUGGCAAUACUGAUUUUGAAAAACCCUGUUACGUACUCGAUAAACGUGAUGCCAAUUUGUUUACCUUUUCAAGGGCAAGAAUUCCCCCCCGGUACAAGAUGUUACGCUACCGGAUGGGGUCGCAGUGCAUUUGGCACUGAAGGAGAGUAUCAGACGGUUUUAAGAAAAAUCGAUUUGCCACUAAUUGAUAACGAGGAAUGUCAAAAUCGUUUGAGAGAAACGAGACUUGGGGCAUAUUUUCAACUUCACGGAAGUUUUAUUUGCGCUGGAGGAGAAGACAGUCACGAUACUUGCAGAGGAGACGGAGGAGGUCCUUUGGUUUGUCCAAUGAGUACCGGACAAUACGUACAGGUCGGAAUUGUAUCCUGGGGCAUAGGAUGUGGAACAUUAAAUCCUGCAGUUUAUACCAGUGUCGCUAAACACAAAUUAUGGAUCGAUGAGCAGAUUGCUAAUUACGGAGUAUAAUUUUUUUUAAAUAAUGAAUUUAUUUUAUUUAAGUGAGUUGAAUCUAGUCCGAUACUAUUUUUAUAUUUCUAAUUUA